AAGAGACUAUCUGAAUUCGUAGACUAUACAGUUCUGAGGCUUUUCAUAUUAGAGUAAUCCUCCAUUGACAGUGUCUAUACAGUAAUGUACUUUCUUUCUCACUUAUUAGAAAUCACGUAACGUAAUCAAUUCAAUUCCAUCCAAACAAAAAACAAAACCUCUCUCUCUCUCUCUCUCUCUCAUUCUCUUUCUCUCUCUCUUAAAAGCAAAAGAAAAGCUUUGGGCUUUAAGCCUCUUCUCUCUUUUCUCUUUGCUCACCCGAAUCACCAUUUUCUAUGUUGGCAAACACAACCAUAAAACGAAGUGCAAUUUGAGUAAAGCACUCUUUAUCUCAACUAACCCACGUUACCCUUCUCUCUUCCUCUCUGGUAUAAAACCCACUUUAAACCCUAGAUCAAGUACACCCCAUUUCUCUCUCUCUUUCUCUCUCUCUCCAUAAUCUACCAAUAUGGAAGCUCUUAACUUCCUCAAGUUCUGGAAACCUACAACCACAUUUACUACUCCCGUUCUUGAAGUAGAUAAUGAAGUUGACGAAGAAGAAGAAGAGGACUCAUUCUUCGACUUGGAGCUCACUGCCCCAGAUUUUGACAACAAGAAGAAGAACCCAGAUGAAAAAUCUACCGUAGAAACUAAAAGAGUUGACCUUGAUGAAGAAAGGGGUACACAACCAGCUAAAACUCUCAGCGGUAGAGAGCUCUGUUAUCCCAAGCCUUCUCUCGCUUUGUCCCCUAUUGAUUCGAUUUCGAAAAGAAAGGUCCUUCCCCUUGGACCCAUUACUUCAAAGCCUCAAUCACCGAUCGCUCUCCUCAAAUCGGCUCCAACUUUUCGGGUCUUCAUGUUCAAAAAGUCUAAAUCAAGGGGAACAGAGAAGAAGAUCGAAACAGAGUCGUUGGGGAGUCAUUAUAAGCACCAAAAGCAAGAAGGAAAGCUCUUUGCAGUGAGAUUCAACGUUGAAGAAGCUUCAAACGUUUCGAAGCUAAGUAGAGAUAACAGCUCUAGAAGAGCAAGUAGUAGUAGUAGCAGCAGCAGUACCAAACGACAAGACCAAAGCUCAGACGACACCAAAACAGAGCAGCGGUUCUCGAAGGACGUUAUACAGAAAUAUCUGAAGCUCGUUAAGCCUCUUUAUGUAAAGGUUUCGAAAAGGUACAACGGCAAAGCGAACCCUUCUCCCGCAGACUUUUUCAUGUCGUCGCCGGCUUCUUCCCCGGCGACGAUGGCUUCCAUGGCCUCACCUAAGGACAGGCCGGGGAAUCUUCCGGCAGGGAUUCGGACGGUGUGUAAGCAUCUGGGAAAGAGUAAAUCAUCGUCUUCGUCGGCGGCUAUCGGAGCCCAACCGCCGGUGAAUCGGAGAGAUGACUCGCUGUUGCAGCAGCAUGAUGGGAUUCAAAGCGCUAUUUUGCAUUGCAAGAGGUCAUUCAAUUCAUCUAGAGAUUCUUUUUCAUUAUCUCGAUCGACCAGUGAUUCUUCCUCCAUGAAAUCUUGUUCCAGCGAUUCGUACCGGUUAUCCAACUCUGCUAGCGAGACUUCUCAUGAUUUUUCAGCAAGAAGCUCCAUUGAAGACGGUCGUUGUCUUAACAUUUGAAUGCUUUUCUGGGCUUUUAAGAAUAACAUCUACAACAACGUAGGAAUGUAGUUAGUUCCUACGAUCCAUAGCUUACAUAGGGAAAAAGAGACAUAAUAGACGAGUGACUUUUUAUUCUGUGUGUUCUGUUGUAAAAAGAAAAAUGAAACAAGAAUUAGAGAGAAAAAAAUGUUGUUUAAAAAAAAGGAUUCUUUAUUGAUAUUUUUGUUUGUUUAGUUAUAAUUACUAGUGAAUACCUUAGGGGAUCUCUUGUUGUUUUCUGUAAAGUAAUGGUUAAUUGUGAAGAUAUUGAAUGAGCUCUUGAUUCGGAUCUUUUUGGUUUUUUUUA